UCUGUGUAUGGCGAAGAUUGUUAUCAGUAGUUCCAGGUCAGUACGACCACUCCUUACUAUAAUACUUUCCUUUGGCUUGGCCUAGUCGCGAGUGUAGCCUUACUACUUAUCUUGAGCCAAUCAGCCUCCGUAUGUCGGCAGAUCAUGACUUUUGAGUCUCAACUUCCAACGUCAUAUUGAUUUCUUCAUUCGUGACUCACACUGUCGAAUGUUACUGCGGUAUUCAUAAGUACGCGCCCUCAGUCACCAGCAUCACCAUCAUUCGACGGCAGCAACAACACCACCAGUACCAGUCGGCCAUCAUGAACCACCAACAUCAAGACUUCGAGUCCGAGGCAAUAAACUUGCCCGAUCGUUCGUUGACGGCCAGUCACGCAGUAGAGCAGCAAGAAAGCGAGAAUGAAACUGAACAACCGCAAUUGCCUCCCGCAGACAGGGGACGGCAGGCAUGGCUUGUCUUGCUCGGAUGCAGUUUGAUCCAGAUUCCCGUCUGGGGCUACUCUCUCGCUUUUGGUGUUUUCCAGGAAUACUACGGAAGCCAUUCCGACAAGCUCGAGGGCGAUACCAGCAAUGUUGCAGUGAUUGGGACCACCAUGACGGGCAUCAUGUACCUCAUCUCCCCUUUCACGUUCACGAUCUUGAGCAGAUGGCCCCGUCUACGCCGUUGGUUCGGCCCGCUUGGGCUAGUUCUAACAGCAGUCGGCUUCCUCCUAUCCUCUUUCGCGACUACGGUGUGGCAGUUGAUCGCGGCCCAGGGUGUUAUUUGCGCCCUUGGUUGCGGAUUCCUGUUUACGCCUACGACUCUUUACCUCGAUGAAUGGUUCAUCAAGCGGAAAGGCUUGGCUUACGGAGUCAUGUGGGCUGGAAAGUCAGCCGCUGGUGUCGGGCUGCCCUUCGCCAUGGAGACCUGUCUGCAAAGAUUUGGACCAGUGGUCACGCUUCGAGCUUGGAGCAUUGCAACGGUGCUCAUCUCAGCGCCCCUUCUCUACUUCCUCAAACCGCGAAUCCCACUCUCGCAAUCCUCCGCCGUACGCCGAAUCAACCUCAACUUCAUCAACCUCCCCUCCUUCUGGAUGCUCCAAAUCGGCAACGUCCUCCAAUCCCUCGGCUACUUCCUUCCCUACACCUACCUCUCGACUUACGCCGUCCAACAACUCCACGUCUCUACGACCGUAGCAACGACCCUCCUCGUUCUCAUCAACGUCACCUCCAUCCCCGGCGGCAUCGUCAUGGGCAGUCUGGGAGACCACCUCCGCGUCACCACCGUGAUCCUUGUCUCGACCAUCGGUUCCGCGCUGGCUGUGUUUCUGUUUUGGGGAUUCUCAAGUCAGACGGCACUGUUGGCUGUCUUCAGCAUCACGUACGGCUUCUUCGCCGGAGGGUUCAGUUCCACCUGGUCUGGGGUGCUGUCUGAGUUGAAGGCUGAGAGCCCGGCGGUGGAUACGGGGUUCAUCUUUGGGUUGUUGGCUGGUGGGAGAGGAAUCGGCAACGUGAUUAGUGGGCCAUUGAGCGUGGCUCUAUUGACUGGAGAUGGGUGGAUAAGGGAUGGCAAGAGUUGGGGAUAUAGCGGGCAGUAUGGCGGGAUCAUCUUGUUCACGGGCGUUACGGCAAUGUUGGGUGGAUGGGGUGCACUUGGUAGGGUGAAGUGCAUUUGCGCCAGGUAAGCUCAAUGCUUGGACCUGACCCCAUGGUAACAUCUCUCUCCCAUGCUUCAAUCAAUGGAAUGCCGCUGGACAGGGCCAAAAGAAGGAAAGUAAGGCCGUAGCCGAUGGUUGGUAUAAAUAAUUUUGCGAAAACUCC